CUCGACGCGCUUUGAAACGGCGAACGCCGCACCUGUCAAAGAGUUGCAGAGACACGAUCACGAUCACGUGGACGUGUUGAGGCCUGUCAUGAUGGGACCGUGGGUGGCGGGCGCUUGGGAGCGUCGAGCAACAUUCAACACGACGUUCACGGCGAUCGGAUCCUCCUGGUGUUGUUUUUCUGAGGUUCUCAUCUAUGCAAUAUUCAUCUUUUCUUUGACGACACCGACGAUUACGAACUGGCACGCUCUUCAUCAACUCAUCUCAAUCAACUCAUCUCGCUGUUUCAACUUCAAAGAUUCCAGAUCUGAACUUCACCGAAUCCGAACUGCGUUCAACUUUGUUGUAUUCCCAUUCCAAUCACGCGAAUCAUUCAUCCACACACAUCUAUCACGAUCCAAUUCCACAGCUAAACCUACUCACCCACGAGCCCACGAACACACGAACCCGAAAUAUCAACACUCACCAACGAACACCAACAAACGAUGCCCUCCCAAGAGAAGACUCAAAUCCUAUUCAACUCCCCCGCACUGCACGCGCUCAAACGCGACCAGCUCAUCAAGCUAUGUAAAGCCCACUCCAUCAAAGCGUCAGGCAAGUCCGUCGAUCUUAUCGAACGGCUGAAAGAGCAUGCGCGUUCGUUACCUGCUGGUUCGUCGUCCGACACGGCGUUGUGGGACGAUGAGGAUGGGCGGGAUGUCGACGGUGAUAGCGGGCGGGAGGAGAAUGAGGAAGGAGAUGAGACGGUGAAGCCGAAUGAGCGGUGGGACGUGAUUAUGGACGACGUUCAGGUGGUGAUGGCGGAGACGGAGACAGAUUCGUCGACGGGCGGAGGGACGCUAUCAUCUCUCAGAUCACGAACAUUAGGAUCCACGACCAGUAGAGGUGGUCGCGGUGGUGGUGGUGGUGGUACUCCAGGGGAGUUUGGGACCUCAAACUCCAAAUCCUCGCUGAGUGUCAGCUCCUCCUUCAAAGCCCUCGCGUCGUCUUUGGGCCUCAAACGCGCUCUGCCGCGCAAAUCUAUCAAAUCGACAAAGUCCGUCGAGAACCUCCUCAAAGCUUCUACCACAUCCACAUCCACAUCCACUCCUCCUGUUCCUAUUCCAGCGACGGAGCAGCCCGUACAAGAAUUCUGGGACUUCUCCGAACCAUCACCCGAACCCGUCCCAGGCCAACCCUCGCGACCCGGCAUCCCAGCCCCCCAAGACGCACGUCUCAGCCUCGGAAUGCUAGGCCACGGCAGCACGCCCUCCUCCUCCCGACGCCCCAGUACACAGCUCGCACCCGACGACAACGGACCAACGACGACGAUCCGACUUAUCUCUUCUAGCUCUUCUAUCACUAGUCUCCCGUGGUCGAUGUCCACCGACGACUUUGACGCGUCUGGUACCAGUGCCCAAGAUGCCCACGAAUUUUCAACAACAUCAACGGAUGAGUCUCACGGUCUUUCCUCGUCUUCGUAUUCUGCCGCACUGGGACACGCGACACCCAACUUAAAGCCUUUCAAGACGAGCUUCGACAUCACCUUCGGCAGUCCCUCCGUCGAUCUCACCACGCACGACAAGACUCCCCGAGCGGGCUCGCGGAUCGCAGGUGUCCCCGUCUGGCCGCUCUCACCCGAAAAGCCACUCGAGUACGAGCGGUUGUACCCCGUCCUUCCGCUCGAUGACUUUCCCCCUCGAGCUCUUCCUGCUCAUGCAUACGGGAAUGGGAAGGCGCAGGAGGUGGCGGCAGGCGACGUUUUGAUGAAGGAAUUCGAACGGGAUGCCGCGUACGUAAACGUGACGACGACUACAGCCACCGCUGCUUCUUCGAACCCUGGAACGGCAAACGCGGAGGCGGAGGCGGAGGAUGACGAGAUGGGCAUGGGCAUGCCUGGCGUGUUUCAUUCGGGCUCAUCGUCGACCGUGCCUGUGCCCAUUGCUGUGCCCACGCCAACGCCUGCGUUGAGGUUGAAGUUGCAGAAGAUACAGACGCCGGGGAAGGUGUUUGCGCGACCGAAGCUCGGCGACGAUAUGUUCUCUCCUGCGCUUGCUACGUCUUCGGACGACGCGUCUGACCACAAUACCACGAUCAAUGAGAAGAAACGCGAGGAUGAGGAGAAGGAUAUGGCGCAAGAGAAGGAGAGCACGCCCAUCGCCAUCCCGCGCAGUCCCGCAACACUGUCGCUCACCGCGUCCAAGUCCUCCAUUGUUCCCCGCAGCCCAGGCAUGCGCCACCUCGCCUCCCCCUCCAAACCGUCCACCACCAACGACAACAGCAACAACCACUUGACCGUCCCCGCCCCCCAACCUUUCGUAUUCGGCUCCCCCGCCAAUGCAGUCUCGAACAAAGCCUUCAGCGGCGCCGCACAGUCCGUCCUCGACGAGAUGAACAAACGCCUCGCCGCGAACGGGACCAAAGCCGUCUCGUCCGAACUCCUCUCUGACCCUGCUGCGUUCUCACUCGCGGACUAUGCUGCGGGGAGUGGUAUGGCGAGGAGUGGGAGUGGGGAUAGGUUUAAGGAUCAGCAUGAGGGGAUGUUUGGAAAGAUGGAUUCGAUCGCGAAUCAUUAUGCGGCGAGGAGGGUUGUCAAUGGCAAUGGUGGGGCGACGGGUGCGGGCCCGGUGAAUAAGAAGAGGAAGUCGGAGGUGUUGUUGAAUGAUAAACCUGGUGGACGUGGUGUUGCUCGGCCCAUUGGAGCUGGAACGGGAGGGCAGCAGAAGGCUACUACUGGACAGGCGAGUACGGCGAGGGUCGUCAGUCGGGGGACGAGGAGCUCGGUCAUGGCUGCUGCAGCUAAACACGGUCUGACCGAGGAAGGGAGAGGAGAAGUUGAGGCGGAUGAAGAUGGGAGGAUUGGGAAGCGGGCGAGGGUAGUGUCGGGUGAUGGAGGGAUGGAUAAAGGAAUCAGGGUCUCGUUGGCUACACCGUCUAAGUCUGCGACAGAGCGCGCGAGGGAUGAGAAAGGGAAAGCGGCCACGAAGAGGAUGUUGGAGAGGAGGAGGGAGCAGAGGAGGAGCAGGGGUAGCAUUGGGGGUUGCGCUCAGAAGAUCAAGAACACCAACUCCCGCUUCGGUUUUAUAAACUCGGCCAGGACUAUGGUGAAGAAUGUCUGGGGCUUAGGGAAAUCGACCUCCAAGCCCACCGCUCCUGCUGUGGCGUCAUCCUCCAUUCCCGUCUCGAAAGGCGCACCGUCUUCCGAGGCCACGCACAGACGAACCGUCAGCAGGGAGGAGAACCCACUUCCCACAUCCAUCAGUGAACCUGCCACGACGACGGCCAACAUC